UGGACCUGCCCACCUGCCUCAUCUCUGAUGCUGCUGGCUGAGGGGAGGGAAAAUGGUUACUAUGUCUAAUCAGGAAGGUGAAAAUGAGGAGCCAGCACAGGAGCUAGCUAUACCUGACAGCCUGUUCUUUGCUACCUUGGAGAGAGAUGAAUUCUCUAGUGAGUGCCCAUCAAGGAAAGAACCUCCCCCUGCUUCUCCUACCUACCCUGGUGCCGACACUGCCAUGACUGCCCUGGAUGGCAAAUCAUCCAAUUACUUUGCAGGCCUGGAUGCAAACAUUGAAAACCUGCAGAAGAGGACACAGCAGCUGAUUGAUAAGAUUAAUGAGAACCGAAAGAAGGACCAUACGGUCAUGAGCAAUUUCAGGGAGAGUGUACUCUGAAAGGUCUCGACAUUGGCAGAGAAGCUGGAAGAAAUGAUGUUUCUCAUUUACGAUCUCCAUAACAAGAUAAUGCAGGAUAAGCUCCAGGAGCUCUCGGACGCAAUGGAAAGGAUCAGCCAGAUCGGAGCCGAGCUCAGGCAAGUCUGCCACACUGUGGAGGCAGCUUAUAAGGACUUGUGCAUUCAGCCUGAGGUGUGAGAAUAGAGGAGGGGGAAAGGGUUGGGGGAAGAGACCAACAGCCAAAAAGAGCCAGCUGGAGCCAAAGCCUUCCAUAAAAACCAGGGAAGGAGUUAACAGCCAAACCCACCUCACAUCUGCUCCCCCUGUGCAAAUGGAACAAGGGCGAUACUGAGCUGAUAAGGCCCCUUCCUCCAGCCUGUUGCCACUAAUUUGAUCUUUAAGGUCACAACAACCUCUUGUACUUCCAUGUUCUAAUGAGUGGCAUGUUAGAACCAGGUGGGUUAAAGGAACAUGUUGGGAAGAUUCAGCCUUAAGGAGUGCAAACUGCCUCAUGUACAGGGUGGCGGUUAUAAUUAAAACACUCUGAAGAUAGUAGACUAGGACUGCACAAGAGCUGAACAGCUGCUAGCGAAUUUCCACACCCUGCUGCUUUUUUGGCAUGUUUUUUCUCCAAUGUGUUUGCAGGCAAUCUUUAGCCAGCUCUGUGCAGAAGACGUGUAACCUGCUUAUGGCAUGUUAGUGUAAGGCAUUUGGUAAAAGGUUUCGCCAAUGCUACAUUUUUGCUUGGUCUCAUUCAGCAAUUUGCCCAUUUUGUUAUCUCUAAUUGUUACCUGUAGCAAUAUGGAAAAAACCCAGUGUAGUUUAAAACAGCAAAGAAAACAAAAAUUGAAUUUUGGGGUGGUUUGUUGUUUUUGCUUUUUUUUACACAGGAGAACAGAUUUUAAAUAGCUGUUUCCCAUAAGCUCUGCCUGUUCUCAACCACAAGAACAGAGAGAGACCCUAACAGACAGAGGGGUUGAAAAAGUAACAUGUUUUGUUAAUAGCCCUACCUACAACGAGUGGAAAAACUAGUAACAGAAGGAGAGAUAAGAGGUAGAUUUCAUAAUGCCUCCUGUCCUCUUCCUCUCAGUCAGAGUAGUAGUAAUUUUCUCGUUCCGAGUUCCUGGAACUCAGAGCUGAUGCAUUGAUUCAGGAGACUCUACCCUGGCAGUUAAGCUUUCAAGCAAUGGCUGGCUCAGCUGUCUGAUCCCCUCAAUAUUACAGCGGAUCUCAGGCUCUCGGGCUAAUUUCCAUUUCAUAUAAGCACCAGCACAGACCAGAUUUUCAAGAAUACUUGAGAGGCUGGAAGCUGGGCACUUGAGAAUCUGGUCCUGCCUGUAGUCACAGGUCAAUGCACCUGCCCAUGUGAACUCCUUCCCUUGGAAUCUUAUCUGCCAAUGCACCUGUUUCUGUAAAUCUUAGUCUGUGUUCAUCUACUCACCAUUCACCAGGCCUAUGUUUUACUCCAGAACUGACAGUCAGAAAUACCAGUUGUCUGAAAUUCAGGAAAUUUCCCUUCAGUAAAGGGUACAAAACUUGAAACACAACCUGCUGCUGGGGCAUUUGCUUGUUUUGCAAUACAAAAAAAAAAAGUGGGUUUCUAGGACAGCAAGCAGUCUGGGGCCCGUGAAACAUAACUGGGCAGCUCAUAUUCUAUCUAGUUGGAUCAACAGUGACCACAACUGAGAAAGCAAGACGCAUAACUUUUGUUUUUCUUUUACUGUAUAUUUUAAAAUUUAUUCAUCUAAAAAACCGAAGGAGCCUCAAACCAGCAGCACUCAGCUAAGGGCUACCAAGAGGAAUUUGUAGUGAUGGAUCCUUGCUUCUGCAGUCCUCAAAAAGCUUCAAGACUCCUUGACCUCCUCUGACAUCUUGAGAAAAAUGAGGCAUAGAAAUAAGAAGCAACUAGCCCAAAGCCAAGUGGUAACUCAGUGAUAGCUAGGAAUUAAAGUCCCAGCAGCAGACGGUGCCAGGCUUCCCAAGCUCAGCUGCUCUGUUGUAUGGAUUUGAUAAGUCCCACAGGCAGUGUACAGAGAUGUGACUCUUAGCAUGGUCCAGUGAAGAGAAGGCCUGUUUAGUAUAGUUAGGGGUCUGUGGGCUUGUGCCCACACAGAAACUGAUAGCAACCUCUUAGGGAGGGGGGGAAGGGCGGGGUGGGCACUGAGUGUGCACCGAGUUCUUGGGAUAACUAAUGCAAAACCAGGGCUGUAAAGAAAAGGAAGCUCUCCACUGUAUCACAUUAGUCCAGAUCCACAGAGUAAGUUUUAGGUGAGCUUUGGCAUCCAAUGGAACUAAACAAAAAAAAAAGGAACCAUUGCAGAUCCUUGCAGCUGAUCCCAGAAAGCUGUUGCAUUGUGCCACCAAGGAGCAAACAGCCAACCAAGCCAAUCCUUCCUUACAAACUCAUUGUGCAUCAUCCACUUGAUAAAAGUGUCUUCAGUGUCACCCUUCUCACAUACCACCCCCAAA